AUGUCAUUUCGAAAAAUUCUAAUUGUUUGUCUCAUUUUAAUUACAUUAAGUGUAUCAUUUAUUCAAUUAUCAUUUGGUUUUUAUUAUAUUAAUUCGAUUGCCUCGUGUCUACUUCAACAUGAUAUUAUGUUAUUAAUGUCUAUUGGUGGUGUAUUUCAAGCAAUUUUUUUUGUUGGUGCUUUUGCUUUUGUCUAUUCAAUUACACCGGCAAGAUUUAAAACAGGAAAUAAAAAAGCAACUAAUCGAAUUUCACAAACUCUUAUUGGUUGUAUAACGUGUAUAGUUGGCACUUGUGCAAUUAUAUUUUUUAUUCUUAUACAAGUUCGUAUAUAUGGAAAUUAUAAUGAUUUUCAAUGGAAAAAUUCUACUCAAUCAAAUUAUUGUUUAUUUACAAUUUUUUAUAGCGCUUUGGGAUCAAUAAUUGGUACUUAUAUUGCAAUUAUAUUGUUUUCUACUGUUACAAUUGUAUUAUUAUUUGGAAUUGGAGCAUAA